UCCGUUAGGCAAGUUCACAAACUGGCGGUUCCCGUCCCCGUUUACGACCCUCGUCCACGAGAUCGCGGAAGAUGCGGAGAUUGAACGCGGCGAACGAUCUGGCACGUAAGGCGCGGUACAUCGGGGAAUGACAUAGCGGCGAAGAAGCGUGUCGAAUGCUGCAGAAGGUGGACGUUGAAGCUUGAAAUCACACGUACCGAGAGAUAUUAUCUGAGUGCAAAGAUGUCGAAACGAUCAGCAGACAGCGGGGACAUCAGUUCCCAACCAGCUAUCAAAAAGGUGCAAUUUGAACCAAUUCUGAUUGGACCUAUAUCCACUCUUGAAGAGAUGGAUAUGAAGGUUCUGCAGUUUCAGAAUAAGAAGCUUGCACAGAGAUUGGAACAAAGACACAGAAUGGAAGCUGAGUUAAGACAGCGUAUUGAACAAUUAGAAAAACGUCAAAUGCAGGACGAUGCAGUACUUAAUGUAGUUAAUCGAUAUUGGAAUCAGCUUAACGAAGACAUACGUGUACUACUGCAGAGAUUUGAUGCUGAAACUGCUGACGAAUCUGAAAACAAAAAUGAGAGUGAGGCUACGACGUCAUUUCUCAUGCAACUAUCUUCCUGGGAUAAAGAAGAGUUAGAUGAAAAGUUAGCAAAUCGUGUUCAAGUAUCAAAACGAGCAGUGUCGAAAGUUGUACAGGCAUUUGAUCGUUUGUCUCAAAGAAAUGAAAAGAUUACUCUUGCACUCAAAGGAGAGUUUGAUGGUGAAGAGGCACCAAAUAUUGACGAAGUUGUACGUCGCGCUAAUGCAGAAAUUCAAAUGGAAAAUAGAAAUUUACAAGUGUUAAAUCUACAAUUACAUGAAAAACAUCACACUAGUUCAUUGAAGAUGUCACGAUUGCAAGAUACUAUAAUGGGAAAAGAUACUCUUGUAGCAGAAUUACGGAAUCAAGUGGAUGAUUUGCAAUAUGAAUUGAACAAAGUGCGGGCAAGGAACGAUAAAUUAGAACAUCAUCUUGGUGAAGCGAUUGAAAAGUUGAAAGCAUUUCAGCAAAUUCACGGUACAGACGAAAAGGGCAGCAACAAACCGAACACUUUGGUUGCUUCUAGCGUUUCACAGACUAAACUGGAAGACUUACAAAGAGAGCUUGAAGAGACACGUGAAUUAGCUAACAACAGACUGCAGGAAUUGGAUAAAUUACAUCAGCAACAUCGCGACACCUUGAAAGAAGUAGAAAAAUUGAAAAUGGAUAUAAGACAGCUUCCCGAAUCGGUAAUUGUGGAAACAACAGAGUACAAAUGUUUGCAAUCGCAGUUUUCUGUAUUAUAUAAUGAAUCCAUGCAAUUAAAAACACAAUUAGAUGAUGCUCGCCAACAAUUGCAGUCGAGCAAGAAUGCACAUUUGCGUCAUAUUGAGAUGAUGGAGAGUGAAGAAUUAAUGGCUCAAAAAAAAUUGCGCGGAGAAUGUAUACAACUCGAAGAUGUCUUGGCGCAAUUACGCAAAGAGUACGAGAUGCUUCGCAUCGAGUUUGAACAGAAUCUAGCAGCUAAUGAACAAACAGGUCCGAUCAAUCGAGAAAUGCGACAUUUAAUUACCUCUCUUCAGAAUCACAAUCAGCAAUUGAAGGGAGAAGUGCAUCGUUAUAAACGAAAGUAUAAGGAAGCUUCUACUGAAAUACCUCGGUUAAAAAGAGAAGUAGAAGAAUUGACAGCAAAAUUAGGCCAACAAACAUCUCAAGAAAACAAGGAAGGAAAUAAUUCAGAUGGCAGUGGAAAAGAGGAGGAUGCAUCAAACUCCUUGCCAGGUUCUACACAGAUAAAAGAAGAAAGUAGUGUUACCAUAAAGAGAGAAUCUGGUGCUGACGAAGAGGUGGAAACUAUCGAAGUGGGAGAGAAUGAGGGUAACAAAGGAACACCAGAUUCUCUAACGUUAACUUCGCCAACCUUAAAAAAGGAAAAAGACAUUAAACGUGAAAAGGAUAUCAAAAAAGAAUCUGUGAAAACCGAGCACCGCGAUCCUGCGCAUCGCACCAAAGACGGAAAGAUGGUGGAAUCCGAGAUUGUGAGGGACUUAAAGGCACAACUCAAAAAGGCAGUGAAUGAAAUGAAAGAGAUGAAACUUCUCUUAGACAUGUAUAAAGGUGUUGGAAAAGAGCAACGAGACAAAGUACAAUUAAUGGCUGCAGAACGCAAGACAAGAGCAGAGUUGGAGGAUUUACGACAGCAAGUUAAAAAAAUUCAAGAAAGUAAACGCGAGGAACGUAAAAAGUUAGCCGAUGAAGACGCGCAAAUAAAAAUUAAAAAGUUGGAGGAACAAGCGUACAAUUUGCAACGUCAAGUUGCUGGUCAAAAACAGAAUUGUGUAUGGCUGCAGGAAGAGGAAGCACUUCUGAAUGAGAUGGAAGUGACUGGACAAGCGUUUGAGGACAUGCAAGAGCAGAAUUCGAGAUUGAUACAGCAGUUGCGUGAGAAGGACGAUGCAAAUUUCAAACUUAUGACAGAACGGAUUAAGAGUAAUCAACUGCAUAAGCUCGCAAGAGAAGAAAAGGAUGUGCUAAAGGAGCAAGUAUCCACACUGACAACGCAAGUGGAAGCAGCAAACGUCGUCGUACGAAAGUUAGAAGAAAAAGAACGUCUCUUACAAAACUCUCUCGCCACGGUGGAGAAGGAAUUAGCUGUAAGACAGCAGGCGAUGGAAAUGCACAAACGAAAAGCAAUAGAGAGCGCACAAUCGGCUGCCGAUCUAAAACUCCAUCUUGAAAAAUAUCAUUCUCAAAUGAAGGAGGCGCAACAGGUUGUAGCAGAGAAAACAAGCUCUUUGGAAGCUGAAGCAUAUAAAACUAAAAGAUUACAGGAAGAAAUAGCGCAACUUAGACGCAAGGUCGAGCGUAUGAAGAAGAUUGAACUCGCCGAAACAUUGGAUGAAGUUAUGGCAGAGGAAUUGCGGGAAUAUAAGGAGACAUUAACUUGUCCGUCUUGCAAAGUGAAGCGCAAGGACGCUGUACUCACCAAGUGCUUCCAUGUAUUUUGCUGGGAUUGUUUGCGCACACGUUACGAGACGCGACAACGGAAAUGUCCGAAAUGUAACUGCGCUUUUGGCGCCAACGACUAUCAUCGACUGUACCUGUCCACAUGAAGAAGAAGGUGCUGAUUCGCUAAAAAGAUACGCCACCGCGACGUAGAGUAACGUUUUGUAAUGUGUUACGUACACAUAUUUUUGUUUCUUUUUUUAUAUUGUAAUCUUUUAUUUAUUACUCUGACUUUUUUAUGAAACACGGCGCGAUUGUACCCGCAUGCGUUGAUACGCGAUGAUAAAUCAAGAAUUUUAGUAAGUUCUUAUGAAGAUCAAUACGCAUGAAAAAAAAAGAAUAAGUUGUAGAAACUUAAGCGAAUAACAAUCAAGAAUUUUUUAGAACAAGCGAUUUGCUUAUCGUUUAAAUUUAUUGGUUGUUUUUUUUUUAUGCGUUGCAGUCUUUAUUUUGCCAACUGACAUAAGA